AUCGAAUCCAUCCCAGAAAUCCCGCCAGUCUGUGCACACCGAGUCCGCAUGCACCACCCAGAAAAGGCGAAAACGGUCGCGCAUGCUCAUUGUAUCAGCUAUGGCUUCACGUCACACAAACGUGCAGUGCACGGCACAGCAAGACAGACAGACAGACAGACACAAAUAAACAGCACAGCCACCCCGGGUGCUCAUCUCAUCUCAUCUCACAUCACAUCACACGUCACGUCACGUCAUCUUCUUUCGGGUCGGGUGGCUUGGCUCGCCCACUCAUAUUCACUCACUCAGCACAAGACACACAGCCUGACUCGACCAAAGCCAAAGCAGUCCGUCCAUCUCGUCAGUCCCAUCUCGUGAAUCACAUGUUUGCACAGCCAGCUAGCUACUGUCCUGUCCGUGGUGUUAUCCGAACCAUUCCUGCGAGUGUCUGUACCACUCAGUCCACCUGCCUAGCAAGGUCUCCCACCGCCUCCGCCUCCGCGACACCUUGGCCUCCUCGCUCUCGGCCUCCUCCUCCUCACGACGCGCCUCCCACUCCUCCUUCUCCUAAACCAUACAUACAAGACAAGACGACACAUCAUUGAUUGAUCCACAUCUGCCUAUGCCUGCCUGCCUGCCUGGUGCGUGUGACGUGAGCAGUUGCUUAAGGCUGUGUUUGUUGUGUAGGUACCUUGAUGAUGAGGAGUGCCGCCUGCAUGGUGACCCACAUGUUGAGUGGGAUGAGGAAGGGCAGGAAGACCUUCCACAAGAUGAAGGUCUCCAUCAGGCCAAACACAAAGUGCCGCGACUCCAUCUGCAGGAACCGCGGGAUGGGCUGCAUCACCCGCCACUUGGCCGCCUUCAUGGCCUUCUGGUAGAUCCAGUCCUCUAUUCUCGCGUAGUACGGCAGGCAACGCACAUUGGCACGGAACGAUGGGAUCCGGUAGUAGAGCUGAGCUAGGGGGCGAUUCCUGGCGCACAGGAGCAGCAAGGUGCCCCAUUCCAACCAGAAGACAGAGUUGAACCCCACAAAGGCACUGAUCUGGUGGACACGCCAGACAGACCAGACACACCACACAACCACACAGCAAGUAGAUGAAUGACAUAAACACAUCGACAGUCAGGCGGGCGCCAUUGCAAUCAGUGCGGCGGGUGCCCGCAUGCCAUCUAUGCAUACCAUGGCUGUGCCAUCGAGGUCGUUGUGCUGACAGAAGUCCACCAGCCCCUCCCCGUCAGCCAACCCAACGCUCUCCCGUAUCCGCCGCAUGCAUGACGACCACCAGCUGCGCCUGCCUCCUCCCUCCUUCUCACUCAGUCCAUCGUUGCUGUCGUCAGACGGCUGACAUGCUGCCACGUUUGUUGCCGAUAAGCGGCGCCGCAAGCGGGAUGAGAUGCGCCAUCGGGCAGCCCUUGCUGCAAGAAACGCAGUGACGUCACUUUGUGACGGGCUCGCGGACGGCUGAUCCGCAUCUGCAGGUGGGCAUGUUGGGCUGUCUGUGCGGCGGCUCACGAGGUACCCAUGGGCUUGCCUCAGGCUGCCGACGAGCUGACUCGUCAUGCCUUCAUUCGGGCACCGAUAGUUGACGCGGAAGGCGCUUCAUCGUCUUGAUCUACAGCAAAGCCGCAUCAUCACCACACUGCGCUCGCAGAUCUACGCGCACGGCGUU